AUGGACUUCGGCAAGAAGAAGAACAAAGACCGGGAGAAGGAGGCAAAGACAAAAAAGGGUCUGUUCUCUGGUCUGCACCUGAAGAAAAAGAAGAAAGCUGACAAGGGAUUGACAUUUGCAAACAAGGGUGCACUAGAUGACACAGACAGCACUCAUGGCCUUGUCCCUUCAAGUGAUUUGGGUGGCAGUACUGACAGCCUGCUCACCGACCUCUCUGCCUCUAACACGUCCUUGUCUACUGCUAUGCAAAAGAAAAGGUCCAAGCUAGAAGCUAAGAUUCAUGAAGGGGAGACUAAAAUCCAGACAUAUCAGAUUGCCAUAACUAUUACAGAAGCCAGGCAACUGAUUGGUGAAAAUAUUGACCCAGUGGUUAUCAUUGAAAUCGGAGAUGAAAAGAAACAAACAGCAGUCAAAGAAGGGACAAACGCUCCAUUUUUUAAUGAGUACUUUGUAUUUGAUUUUGUGGGGCCCCAAGAGCAGCUGUUUGACAAAAUUAUAAAGCUCUCGGUUAUGCACAAUAAGCUAAUUGGAAGCAUCCUGAUUGGAUCCUUUAGGCUUGACUUGGGGACUGUUUACAAUGAACCAGGACACCAGUUCAGUGACAAAUGGGGCCUUCUGACAGAUCCCUCUGACAUCAGGACGGGCGUCAAGGGUUACCUGAAAUGUGACAUUAGUGUGGCCGGCAAAGGAGACAGCAUUCAGUCUUCGCAGAAAGUCAGUGAUGCAGAGGAACAAAUAGAAAAGAACCUGCUGAUCCCCAAAGGUUUCCCCUCGGAAAGGCCCUGGGCCCGGUUCUAUGUGAGGAUCUACAGAGCCGAGGGGCUACCGAAGAUGAACUCCAGUAUUAUGGCGAAUGUCACCAAAGCAUUUAUGGGGGAUGACAAGGACCUCGUGGACCCGUAUGUGGUUGUCAUGUUUGCAGGACAGAUGGGUCGGACCACAGCCCAGAAGAACACAGCGGUGCCGGUGUGGCACGAGCAGAUUGUAUUUAAAGAAAUGUUCCCCCCGCUGUGUCGUAGAGUAAAGAUCCAGGUGUGGGAUGAGGGCAGUAUGAAUGACGUGGCUCUGGCAACUCAUUUCAUAGACCUGAAGAAGAUCUCUGACGAGCAAGAUGGGGACAAAGGAUUCCUACCUACAUUUGGUCCAGCCUGGAUAAACUUAUAUGGUUCUCCUCGUAAUACCACUUUGAUGGAGGAUCACCAGGAGCUCAACGAAGGUCAUGGAGAAGGAGUUUCAUUCAGAGGAAGAAUCCUCAUUGAGAUUGCUGUAGAGAUUCUCUCCGGAGGGGCACACGAAUCAAAGUUCUCUAAAAUUAUCAAGGACAUUAAAAUUCCAAUGAAGGACUCAAAGUCUUCCAAAGGGACAGGGAAAGAGAAAGGAGAGAAGGAGGAAGCUAAACCAGCGGCUGCUGCAGACAAGACUAAUUCCACCCAGGUGGAAGUAGAGCCUUUUGAUGUCCCUCCUGAGAUACAUGAGGAACAAUUAGAAGACUUUCUUCUUUUUGGAUCAUUCUUUGAGGCAACCCUAAUUGACAGGAAGAUUGGCGAUAAACCUAUAAGCUUCGAAGCCAGUGUUGGUAAUUAUGGAAAUGUUCUUGAUGGGGUAUCACCACAUGGCAGCAAAAAGAAGACGUCCGAUCCUGAAGACUUGGAAAGUGCCCCGUUACUGCAAGCUGAGGAAGGGAACGUCUCUCAUGAAAUCUCAAUGUCAUAUAAAUCAGUGACGUCUCCAGAAAAACCUCUCAUAACAGAUGGAAAUAGGAAUUAUCACUACUUGCCAAUUUAUGAAAAAAAGUCAUGCAUCUAUGUGAAAAGUACCUGGGGCGACCAGACAUUCAGGCUGUACACGUCCAACGUGCUCCAUAAAAUGGCCGAGCAUCUGGGAGAGGCGUUAGAACACAUGAAAGAGCUCAGCAAGAUCUCAGAUUUUGCAUCAGAAGAAAAGAUGAGGGAGGUGCUGACAGAUUUUGUCAGCCAGUGCAAGGCAUUCAUCGCUGCCUCAGAGAAGAAAGCUAAAAUGGCCGAUACAACACUCUUGGAUAAGAAGAGAGUUACACUUUGUAAGCAAGAACUGGAAGGGAUGUCAAGCGAAGCCAAAACAAUUGUACAGCAGAAGAAGAAGAUGUCAAUGAAUGAGAUGACCAGAGAGAUGCAGAGUUUCAUUGACAGGAUCAAGUUUCUGGUGGAUGAGCCACAACACACGGUCCCCGAUGUCUUCAUCUGGCUUCUCAGUAACAACAAGCGAGUGGCCUAUGCCCGGAUACAAGCCAGAGAUAUUCUGUACUCCCCGGUGCCUGAAGAGAAAGGCCACCACUGUGGAAAGAUCAAAACACUUUUCUUUAAACUCCCAGGAAAGAGAGGUCCAGGCUGGAAUGUUCAGGCAAAGGUUGAUGUAUUCCUAUGGCUGGGCUCCAGCAAGUACUCCCACUCUAUCUUUGAGAACUUACCCAUCGGAUAUGAGAUUGAAUCUGAACAAGCUUCUAGCGGGCACCAUGGGCCACCACCGCCGGGGAAUCUGGUAUAUAAAACUAAACACCUGUUCCAGUUGCGUGCCCACAUGUAUCAGGCCCGAGGGUUAAUAGCUGCAGACAGCUCCGGCCUUUCGGACCCUUUUGCCAAAGUGACUUUUGUUUCACACUGCCAGACAACAAAGAUUAUUUCACAGACGUUGUCACCCACCUGGAACCAAAUGCUGCUUUUCAAUAACAUCAUCUUGCAUGGAGAGUUAAAGGACAUUGUAGACGACCCCCCGAAUAUCGCCAUAGAGCUGUAUGAUGAUGAUGCACUGGGUAAACCAGAGUACAUUGGAUCCACUGUUGCUGCUCCAUCAGUCAUAUUAUCAGAUCAGACCUACUCUCCUGCCAAGUUGACUUAUUAUCCCUUAUUCUGUGGCAAUCUGUCUGGGGGAGAUCUGCUAGCUGCCUUUGAAUUACUACAGAUUCCUGAAUCCGGAAUCCAGAGCCUGCCACCCAUUGAGACCCCAGAUCCCAGCCAGGUCUAUCCCGUCCCAGCGAACAUCCGCCCAGUACUAAGUAAAUACAGAGUAGAGGUUCUCUUCUGGGGUGUCAGAGAGAUGAAGAAGGUGCAGCUGCUGUCUGUCGAUCGCCCACAGGUGUUGAUUGAAUGUGCAGGGAAAGGAGUUAAAUCCUGCGUCAUUCAAAGUUACAAAAGCAAUCCCAAUUUCAAUGUUGUUGCAGACUGGUUUGAAGUGGAGCUGCCAGAAAAUGAGGUUUUGCAUCCCCCUCUAAGUAUCUGUGUGGUGGACUGGAGAGCAUUCGGACGUAGCACGCUUGUUGGAACACAUAUGAUCAAUUGUUUGAAGCAGUUUUUGAAUAAACCUCCUGAGGUGGAGCCAUCCUCAAUAAAGGAGGUGGAAGAGAGCAGACCUCCAGCUGACUCGGAAGCUCCACAGCAAGAUGCAUCACAACAAGACCCAGGAGAUCACAUCUAUGCUGACGUGGAAGCACACACAGCCCAGGAAACUCCUUCAGGACCAACCCCUUCACCUUCUCCAGUUCCUCCUGUUGCGCCUUCCCCUGACCCUGCUGCAUAUUCACUUCUGGAAUCGGACACUACUCCUCUUGAUCCCACAUCUGGGCCACAUGAGAUCCAACAGCAGAGUCCAGGCCCAGAUGGCCCUAAGCCAAGAACCUCAUCAGCGACCUUUAAAUCUCCCUUGAAGAAAGACACCAAACAAAAGGAGUUAGUGAGAGGUUUCACCAGGCGUUCAACAAAAAGAAAGAAGAGGACGAUUGCUGAUGAAUCUGCAGAAAAUGUCAUUGAUUGGUGGUCAAAGUACUACGCCUCCGUGGAAAAGCAACAAAAGGAGUUAGUGAGAGGUUUCACCAGGCGUUCAACAAAAAGAAAGAAGAGGACGAUUGCUGAUGAAUCUGCAGAAAAUGUCAUUGAUUGGUGGUCAAAGUACUACGCCUCCGUGGAAAAGCAACAAAAGAUGAAGGCGGAUGCAACAGCGGCAGAAGCUCCACCUCCAGUCGAGGAACCUACAAAGCCCUCCAAGACAAAAGGUCAUGUAACAUUAGUUGUUGAUGAACACGACAAGAAAAAGAGAGACGCCAGAAAGACACUAGAUGCCGUUAAACCAAAAUCAAAGCAAGAAGGACCAAAACUUGCCACACUUCAGAUUUAUGAUGGUGAGCUGGAGAGUGAAUUCAAGAACUUUGAAGACUGGGUCAGAACAUUUGAACUUCUUCGAGGCAAAGCCAAUGAUGAAGACCACAGCGUCCAUGAUGACAGAACUGUCGGUAAAUUCAAAGGCUCUUUCUGCAUUUAUAAGAGCAUAGAUGAUUUAUCCAGCUCUAUGGACAAUCGGCAGCUGAAAAUCACACAGGGGAUCCCACCUAAUCACUCUGUGAAAGUCCUCAUCCGUGUCUAUAUCGUUGCUGGAAUUAAUCUCAGCCCAGCUGAUCCGGAUGGAAAAUCUGAUCCAUACAUUGUUUUAAGACUGGGGAAGACUGAGAUAAAAGAUCGGGACAAUUAUAUCCCUAAACAACUGAAUCCAGUGUUUGGAAGGUCAUUUGAAAUUCAAGCAACUUUCCCGAAGGAAUCUCUGUUAACUAUUCUGAUCUAUGACUACGAUUUGAUCGGGAGUGACGACCUUAUUGGAGAGACAAAAAUAGAUUUGGAAAAUCGCUUCUACAGCCGACACCGUGCAACCUGCGGCUUACAGAGUCAAUAUGAAAUAGAAGGAUACAACGCUUGGAGAGACAGCACCAAACCCACAGAAAUACUCACCAAACUGUGUAAAGACAACAAUUUAAGUGCCCCAGUGUUUACUCCAGGCCAGAUAAAGAUUGGAACCAAAGUCUUUAAUGGAAAAACUGUGUUUGAUCAAGAUGAUGAGCAAGUGGAAUCAUAUGAGCACCUGGCACUGAGGGUUCUUCAUAAUUGGCAAGAGAUCACCGGCAUUGGAUGUAAACUUGUUCCGGAAAACAUCGAAACCAGGGCUUUGUAUCACAGGGAUAAGCCAGGAAUGGAGCAGGGUCGGAUACAGAUGUGGAUCGACAUGUUUCCAACUGAGCUGCCACUUCCUGGUCCUCCGGUGGAUAUCUCACCUCGUAAGCCUAAGGGGUACGAAUUAAGGAUAAUCAUUUGGAACACAGAGGAUGUGAUCCUGGAGGAUGAGAACAUUUUCACUGGGCAGAAAUCAAGUGACAUCUAUGUCAAAGGGUGGUUGAAGGGGAUUGAAGAUGACAUCCAGGAAACGGAUGUCCACUAUAACUCUCUGACCGGAGAAGGAAACUUCAACUGGCGCUUUGUGUUCCCCUUUCACUACUUACCUGCAGAGAAACAAGUGGUGGUCAGCAAGAGAGAAAAUAUUUUUUCCCUGGAGAAGACAGAGCGUAAAAUCCCUGCUGUGCUGGUAAUGCAGGUCUGGGACUUCGAGAGACUCUCCUCUGAUGAUUUCCUUGGCUCUACAGAACUCACUCUGAAUGGUUUUCAUCGAGGAGCCAAGACAGCCAAAAGCUGUGAUCUCAGCAUGGCCACCACCUUGAAGGACGAAAACAGGAUCUCCAUCUUUCAGCAGAAACGCAUUCGAGGUUGGUGGCCAUUCGUAAAAUCUGGAGAGCUAACGGGUAAAGUAGAAGCAGAAUUCCAUCUCGUGACAGAAGAAGAAGCUGAGAAGAACCCAGUAGGGCGUGCUCGGAAAGAACCAGAGCCAUUAGAGAAACCAAACCGCCCAGACACUUCAUUCUCCUGGUUCAUGAAUCCCUUCAAGUGCUUCUUUUAUCUCAUCUGGAGGAAUUAUAAGAAGUACAUCAUCAUUGCCCUGAUUCUGCUGAUUCUUACCCUGUUUAUUGCACUCUUUGUGUACACACUGCCUGGUGCCAUCAGCCACAGAAUCAUGAAUGGAUAA